AAAAAGUUGUCUUCAGUAUUUUUACUGAUGUUGAAAUGAUGAGUUGUCUGCUAAAGGUAUUCAUUGUCGUCCUGCUGGGUCGAAAUGUUUCGGCUGGAUUAUUGGACAUAUUCAGUGCCACAUCGGAUUACGAUGCGGCCUUUUUGAUGGACAGCUUGUUUGGGAUUGUGGCCAAUACAACAAAAUACAUCAUUAGUGGCGGUGCAACAAAUCCGAUCGAAACGGAUGUAACCUUUUGGUGUGGUAAUCGUAAUUCGCCUAAUCUUGAGCUAACAACGAUAAACGAUGAAAACUUGGGCUCAAAAAUCACUACUUCAAAGCCGAUUGCCUUCAUCGUUCAUGGAUGGUUGGACAAUCGAAGCCGUAAUUGGGUCAGAGCGAUGACGACCGACUAUUUGAAAUAUUUAGAUACAAACGUUUGUGUAGUGGAUUGGGGUAAUUUGGCUAUCUAUAGUUACGCGAUUGCAGCGAACAAUACCGUACGUGUAGGUGUCUAUUUGGCGCAAUUCCUAGCCUACCUCAACAAGCAGGGAAUUUCGUUGAGCCAGAUCACGCUUGUAGGACAUAGCAUGGGCGCGCACGUCAGUGGCAUUGCUGGGAUGAACUUGGGCGGAAAAAUCGGUGCAAUUUAUGGUCUUGAUCCAGCUAGUCCUCUAUUCAAGAUGCCGUUCGAUAUUGGUACUGCGAAGAGAUUGGACAAAACCGAUGCCUUGUACGUGCAGAUGAUCAUCACAUCUCGGUGUACCUGGGGUGUAUGCACCGGAGAUGGUCACGAAAACUUUUACCCAACUGGAGGGAUAGCCCCUCAACCGAAUUGUGUAGUCCCCUUGUUUUCCAACGCGGAAGCAGCUGAGCCAAUCAUCUGUAGCCAUGCUCAUUCGAACACGCUCUAUCGUAUGGCCCUGAACCCACGCAAUGUCUUCGACAGCAAAAAGUGCUCAAGUUACGCGCAGUUUUUGCUUGGACUUUGCUACUUUAACAAGUCUACAAAAAUGGGCAUUUAUUCUAUUCGCAUUGGUGGAGAUUUCUAUCUGAUGACGUCAAUUUCUAAGCCUUACACGGUUUAAUAAAAUAAAUUUUAUUGAAGCAAAA